GGCGCUCCGUUACUUUCCACAGCGAUUCAUACAGUCGCUGAGCGCUGUUGAGCGUUGUGUGUCCGACAGCCACUGCGGUGUCUAGUGUAGAAAGCUAUGUCACCACACAGUCGCUAAACCCACACUACCUAGUGCGCAAAACGACACGUGCGGCUGAUUGGACAGCAGCCCGGGAGAACUUCGGGUCCGUCUGAGAGAGAGGCAGGCAGGCAGGCUUUUGUGCACCAGCAGCAGGGAAAUCGGAAAACGAAAGCAUGACAUCUCCUCAGAGAAAUCACACAGACCUCAAGACGAUGAUCAUAGACACUAAACAGGACAUGGAUGACGUCCACCAAGCUCUGGAGAAACUGAGAGGGCUUUCCCAGGAAGAGAGGAGUGAGGAUGAAAUGUUGCGUUCCAGAAUUGAUGAGCAGUCCGGUCUCAUUUGUAUUCUUAAGCAGCGGGCAGAUGAGAUGCUACUUCGAUGUCAGGCUCUGGAGCGGAUCAACGCAGAACUGGAGAAGCUGCAAGCUGAUGUGCAGACGGAGCUGGAGAACGAGCACCAGAGGUCUGAACAGCUGGAGCAGAGGUUCAUGGACCUCGCAGCCAACCACAGAGAGCUGAUCAACUUCAAAGACGAGUACAAACGGCAGAACGCUGAGCUGCUGAGGGAGAACCAGAGGCUCAGAGAAGAGAACGAAAAGCUGUUCAGUAAAGAGCUAGAGGAGAAAGAGGAGACCAUUCUGAAACUGACCCAAGAGCUGAGAGAACUCGCAGAGCAACACAGACAUUUAGAAAAGGAGUAUCAGGAUAAAACAACAGGAUUCCAGAUGAAGAUAAAGGAGCUGAUGAACCUCCAUCAGAUUAAAGAAGCCUCGCUACAAGAUGAGUUGCACAACACUCAGAAACAGCUGAAGAAUGCAGUAGAAAUGUGCGCAGAGAUGGAUCUGAAGCUCAGGCUAAGUCAUGAAAGAGGCAUGACGAAAGAAUCAGAGAACCAGGAGAAGCUUGAAGCACUUAUGAGGGAGAAGAAUGAUCUACUAAAACUGUCCAUGCAGAGGGGGAAAAUCAUACAGGAUAAGCAGGAGGAAAUCCAAGAGUUGGAAAAGAUGAAGCAAAAGGCCGAAAAUGCCAGACAGGAUGCAGAAAGCAGGUUUGAGAGAGAAGCCGCUGCAGUGGAUGGAGAGUUGAGAGUGAAAGAACUCCAGCAUGCUCUCGACCAAGCCGAGGAGAAAUAUAGCAGUCUUGAGAAGGUCUUUGAGGCAUUUAAAAAGCACAGCAGCGACUUGCUGAGAAACGAGAAGGAGUUAAAUGCCAGACUUCGACACAUGCACAGCUGAGCUCUCCAUCAAUCCAUACCACCCAUUCAACUAACCCAUGUUCUUAAGAGGUUAUUUAUCACAUGUUUUUUUUGUUUUUACUUUAAAAUGAUAUAAAUCAUAAUCAUGAAAGCUAUUAACCUCAGCUACAUUAUAACUUCAGCAGCUACAGUUGUUUGGAGACCAAGUUUUAAAUUAGUCAAUAAAAGGCAGUAUGUCAAUCAUAUAUAUAUAUAUAUAUAUAUAUAUAUAUAUAUAUAUAUAUAUAUAUAUAUAUUAAUAGUAGUAUGUGCACUGGUUAUAUGUCAAGGAUGGCAGAAACAAAACCUCACAUUUUAAUCAACUACAUCGAACUACUAAAAUAUAUGAAUUGUUGAAAGAAAGAGAUUAAAAAAGAGUGUUGUAGUAACAGGACUUAAUUUAGGAGUACAGUCUGUUAUUAACCACUAGAGGGCAACACAGUUGAUUGUGAGACAGUUGUACUUAGUAGUAGAAGUAAAAGUAUUGGCAUCAGGUCAGACAAAUUACAAAUAAACAUGUCAGCAAAACACAUAAUGGUAAAAAUGUAUAUACCCCGAUUGAUCCACUCAAUAAUAAUAAAUAUCAUGAAUAAUUAUAAAUAUUUUACAACCACUACACCUAGACCACAUACAGUGGCAUACUGAAAAACUAGAAGAUUUUCAAAACACUAAGUUAAAAGAAAAGAAAAGCAUAAAUGUCUAAAGAAAAAGAUUGUGCAACCUGCAAAAGGUUCUUCCUUUUAAAAGCAAGUUGCUGUAAAAUUAUAAUUUAUUCAAAGUCAUUUUAAAGCAUUUCUAUCCAUCCAGAAUUAUUCACACACUUCAGAGCAACUACAGGGCUCAAACAAUGGAGAAAAUUAAAAACAGACCAACAUGGGGACGUGUUUUUCAUUAAAUAACAGCAAUAUAAAGACAGUAUUCCUAAUGCAGUGAUCAAACAUCCAACUUCUGCUGAUAAAACCUUUAAGUGACAUUUAAUGAGUUGUCUUUUAUUGGGAUUUUCAUGUAUCAUACUCAUCAUGCUUAUGAAGUAACAAGUAGCCUAGCAUGGUUAAUCAGUGGUUCUAUAUUUAGCAUUUAUUUGUUAUUAUGAAUAAAUAAAUAUUGCUCCACAGCAAACUAUUUAAUUCUGGAAGGCAUUAAUUCUUAUACAGUGUCAGUCUGAUUUGAGCAGUGUUUAGCAGAACCUAAUGAACGUGUUUAAAAGCAGAUCAUAGUACUUGUCUGACAUUGGGGAAAUUGAGUUGUUAAAAUACUGCUGUUGAGCUCAGUAAUUUCAGGGUCAUCAGGAUAGCUGAAAUGACAGAGAAAGCAGUGUACUGUACAGUGGUCAUUUUGUCUGUUUGUUUUAUGUUUGGUUUUAUGGAACAUCUGGAUGCUCACACUCACUCAAUCCUGCCAGGAAGUCUUCUAAACACAACCUGUUUUCUUAGAGCCAUAUGGUUAAACUGGACAGUCGCUUCUGGACAGUUUUACUUUUUGCAUUCAUAUACAUUUUAUACUAAUGGCAAUAUAUUUAUUUGAAUUGUCAUUUUUUAUUUUAGGUUAUAAUUUAGGUUAGAGUUAAAACAGUUAUGUAAUUCAAAUUAAGUUUAUUACGGUAUUUACAUGAGAAGAACAAGUACAAAUGAUAGAGCCGUUAGCCAUUAAGCAGCGUAUUUUAGCAAGUUUUGGAUUGUGUCAGUCCCUGUAUCUGUGUACCCCUGUUAAAGCUGACAAUUUUCUUUUUCACCUUUCCUACCCUAUACUUCCUACUCCUACAACCAUACAAGUACUACAGUAUGCAUUUUGUUUUUUUCAGAGCACUUAUUGACAAAAAACGUAUCACAUUUGCAGUCACAUUACUGUGAGGGUUAAAUUGCAUUCAGAUAAAGGAGGAUUAGUAAAAUAUUGGUCUUGGACAAACAGUUCAGAAUCACAAACGUCACCCCAACUCAUCCCAUAAGUAUUAAAUGGAGCUCCAUCAUUUCAUAGUACACCAUUCCAUACCAUAUACCAUACAAGUUGUUUGUACUCAACUGAACACCUGUGUAAGCAACGGGUGCACCUUAAAGUAGCGGAAUUUACUAAUGAGAUUUUUCCCGGAGCCAUAUAGUGUAUAUCUGGUGUUUUUUUAGAAGCUAGAAAACAUGUCAGUUUUAAUCAGACAGUGUAUAUUAGCACUUUAAUGUUCUGUGUUUUUACUCUUUCGACAACCCCAAUUCCAAAAGUUGUGUUAAAUGUAAAUAAGAACAGAAUGCAAUGAUUUGCAAAUCUUAUAGAUCUAGAUCUUAUUCACAAUAAAACAUGAAACACAUCAGAUGUUAAAGUGAGACAUUUUACAGUUUUUUUACUAUUACUAAUUUAAAAUUGAUGGCAGCAAUGCCUUUAAAAAGGUUUUUAAUGCAGUGAUCACCAGCAUUCUAUACUGACCAUAGGCCCUGGAUUGUUCAAGAUUCAUUAGUAAUAACGUUUCCAGCUUUUUGUUCCUCCUUCUUUUGUUCUACAUUUAUACAUGAAAUGAUAAAAUGUCUCUAUAUCUGAUACGUUCAAAUCAUUGCAAUCUGUUUUUAUUUAAAAUUUACACUGCAUCUUUUUUGGAAUUGGGGUUGUACAUUCUAUAAGCACUGUUCAGCAGUUCAGCAGUGUGUUGCAGGGUCACGGGUGAGAUGUGGAAUUCUGUGCUGUUUUAAGUGUGUAUUAGACAAACUUUCGUUUGUUGUAUCAAGUUGAGGCAGGUUUGUCUCUGUUGCGUGUUUGACAUUUGCACUUGCCCUUUACUCCUUUAGUCUAAAGCCUCUAAAUUUCAUUGCCAUCGACUCCGCCUGACCUCUGCGACCAUCUGUUCCACAGAAAUGUUGAGAAUGAGUUGUAUUCACCAUGCCCUUAUGUAUGUAUGCACCUUUGCCCUUACACUCAGUUCAGAAGGCCCAGACUGUUAUUAUGUGUUUCAAUGUAAAAUUUUAAAAGCUGAAUAUUAAAGUUUAAACAGAA